GCCGGUCUCGCGAGGUGGUUCGUUCCGGCCGCGCUGCUGUCGCCGGUUUCCAGGCGGACCCGGUGGACGCAGGCACCAGCGCCGCGUGCUCUUCCGCAACCCGGACUGCCGCCUUCCCCGCUGCCGCCGCCGCCGCCGCGAUGCUGGCGCUGCUCGUGGCGUUGCUGGCCCUGGCGCUCGCCUAUUUCGCGCUGCUGGACGGAUGGUACCUGGUGCGCGUGCCGUGCGCAGUGCUGCGCGCGCGCCUGCUGCAGCCGCGCGUCCGCGACCUGCUGGCCGAGCAGAGCUACGCGGGUCGUGUGCUGCCCUCGGAUUUGGACCUGCUGCUGCACAUGAACAACGCGCGCUACCUGCGCGAGGCCGAUGUGGCGCGCGCUGCGCACCUUGCCCGCUGCGGCGUGCUUGGGGCGCUCCGUGAGCUCGGGGCGCGCGCAGUGUUGGCGGCUUCGUGCGCGCGCUACCGCCGCUCGCUGCGCCUGCUGGAGCCUUUCGAGGUGCGCACCCGCCUACUGGGCUGGGAUGGCCGAGCCUUCUACCUGGAGGCGCGCUUCAUUAGCCUGCGCGACGGCUUCGUUUGCGCGCUGCUACGCUCCCGCCAGCACGUGCUGGGCACCUCCCCGGAGCGCGUCGUGCAGCACCUGUGCAAACGCAGGGUGGAGCCCCCUGAGCUUCCGGAAGACCUGCAGCACUGGAUCGCUUACAAUGAAGCCAGCAGCCAGCUGCUCCGGGCCGAGAGUGGGCUCAGCGACGUCGUCAAGGACCAGUGACCACCACACCCUGCCCACCAGCCUCCACUUGGGGCAGUUGUCCACCCAUCCCCACCUGCCAGGGGGUACAGUGCAGAAUGGGCUGGCCGGGCUGGGCUUUGUCCAAGCCAUACUGGCCUUCGACCAGCCCAGCCCACUUCACACACUCAGGCCCUCCCCCCACCCCAUUAUUGAUACCCCUCUGUGCCUGGCCCCAUGCUGGGCUUGGGAUGAGGUGACACAGAUGCCUCACCCAGCUCUGCCCUCAGGAUGGGAACAGUGGGCAGAUUGGGAGGCCCAGGGCUCUUGGCAUGUGGGCUGUUGGGGGAGGCAGUUAGGGGGCCAACUUCACCCUGCAGGUGAAGCCAUGCUUCCAUGGGCCCAAGUCCCAAGAAUGCUUGGAGCAGAGGGGUCAGCUAGAGCGAUCCUGAGCACAGAGCCCGGAGUCUGAGCUACUUGGGGGCAUGGCAGGGUGGCACCUGAGCAGUCCUGGAGUGGGUCAGGGCCUGAUCCAGGUACAGUGAGGAGCCACGGAGUGUCAGCACAGCAUUUUAAGGCAAAUCUCUGGCUACCAGGGAAGGGGGCAGAGUCUGGGAAUUCAGGGGGCAGACAGACUGAUGGAAGAGCACCUGGGCUCCCCUGGGGUGGGGGCAGGGCCAGAACACAUACUAGGACCAGUCCAGCCCAGAUGGCAUAGGUCAGAUGUGGAGGGGGUAAGCUUCCUGUCACUGGGGGUGUCCCAGUUGGGCCUGCUGCCAAGGAGGGAAUGGAGCAGGGAGUGGGAUCUGCCUGAGUACCCUCUGCUCCCACUUUUGCCCAUCUGCACCCCUUGAUGCCCACAUGGCCACGCUGUGUGACUGUGGGCAGACCGCUGCCGUCUCUGGGCCUACAGUUCCUCAGUUGUCUGCCCUCCCACUGGGGCUGCCCUUCUGUCAGUUCUUUCCUUUCUACUGUGCUGCCCCCUUGAUGGGCUAGCCCUGGGGAGGGGUUCCCUGGCUUUGCUCGUGUGACUCCCUGACAGGGUCACUAGGCUGCAGAGAUGCUGGCCGAGGCCACGCAAUCCCUUGCCUUUCAGCUGGAACAAGGGGAGCCUGAGAGAAGCAGGAACUAGCCCAGAGCCUCCAAGCGCACCAAGGGCCCUGGGUGCACCCUGCCUGGGGCUCUGUCUCCUGGCCUAGCUCCCUGGCUGGCAGGGGACACUGGGAUCACGGCCCUGGGCAUGGGGUCACUCCUGCACAGGGGUCAGGCUGGAGCAGCUGGGGCUAGGAGCUCGGUAACACCCCUGAUUCCUCGCCUGCUCCACGCUGUUGUCUGCCUUAUAGCCACAAUGGGAAAGCUGCAAUGUUUCUGUUUUAUUUAAAGAAAGCCCAAGAUUAAAGGGCUUUAAACAUGU